AUGCUGUGCAUGGCAUGUGCGAGAAGACUGGAGAGGCCCCACGUGAAAGAGAUAGCUUUGCUGCGGGAGAGCGUGGACACCAGCGACUGGGAGCUGGCAGUAUCAGUACUGUCUGUGUUGAAAGCCGGUGUGCAGCAUGAUCAGCGCAGCUUCAGCAUUGCACUGAAGUCUUCUGGCAGAGCACUGGCAUGGGAAGCCGCCUGCUGUCUGAUUGGGUGGAUGGAGAGAGUUGGGACCUCUCCGGAUUCCAUCACGUACAGCACUGCAGAGAUCGCAAUGGGACAGAGAUGGAAGCUUUCCGUGGAACUGGUAGCUGAGAUGAAGAAGCGAGUGAUUCUUCAGGAUGUGGUCAACUAUGGAAGUGUCAUCAACGCGUGUCAGCAGGCGCAAGAGUGGUCUUCGGCCUUGUUGCUUCUUGGGAAUUUGGAUUUAGCUGCGAUUUCAGUGAAUGUGAUCAUCGCCGGAUCGCUGAUCAGCGCAUGUGUUGUCUGGAAGGAGGCACUUGCAAUUUUCGGUGGUAUGCAAAGUCGAAGGGUUCAGCCGAAUUCUGUGAUUUACAAUGCGAUGGCCUCCUCGUAUGAGGAGACAGGGCAGUGGGUAGCGGCUUUGACGUGUCUGCAGAAUGCCGGUCAGUCAUGGACGAUGCUGGACAUCAUCUCCUUCAAUUCCGUCGUAAGCGCUGGUGAGAAGGCAUCAUACUGGCGGCCGGCUGUGGAUCUGCUCGGUCGGCUCCGAUCCUCUCGAACUCAACAGAGCCUGGUCUCUUUCAAUGCCGCCAUCAGCGCUUGCGAGAAGUCCGGGCGGUGGGACGCAGCCCUCGGCCUGUCUCAGUCCGUGGCUUUGCGGUCCAUCUCAGGAGACAUCGUGACGAUCGGGGCUGCAAUGAACGGAUGCCAAGCUUCUGGAGAGUGGUGUUGCGCCAUGGACCUGCUGAAGCGCUCGACUGCAUUAUCUCUGCGGCACAACAGAGUUGUGCUCAACACUGCCAUCGCUGCCAGUCAAGGGCAAUGGCAGCUGUCUGCAGGCCUGAUGUACGAGAUGGCAGCCGGCUCCCUCGUUCCCGGUACAUUGACCCUGGGGGCUGCGAUUGGAGCCUGCGAAGAGUGGUCUCAGUGGAGCAUGGUACUCAGACUCUUCAAGGAGCUCCAUGACUGGCAGCUUCGAAGGAGCGAUUUGAUCCACCACUCUGCCGUCACAGCUGCCUCCGAUGGCUCGCGCUGGUCCGGGGCGUUGGAGCUUCUGCGUGAGCUUCGAGCUGUCCGGGUCGAGCAGGAUGUGCUGUCCUUUUCAUCCUCGGUGGCAGCCUGCCGGGACGAAUGGGAGGCUGCGCUGAGUGUGGUGGAGGAGAUGGCGACGGCUGUUGUCUCCAAGGAUGUCAUAAGCUUGUGCUACGCUGUCGCAGCAUGUGAACGAGGCAGAGUGCCCUUGGCCGAUGUCCUGGAGCUGAUCGAGGUGACCGCCCAUUCGGCUCUUUGUUUGGAGCUCGGCAGAACCACCCUGGCAUGCAACGGCGCAGGAAAAGCGGCGCGGGAUCCGAGGCGCCGGAGAGCGCAAUGGCUCUGCAGCAGAUCGCUGUACUGUUGCGCGUGGAGUGCAGACGAUGGAGAGGUAGACGAUGCGCUUGGUGUCCAAGCCAACACUCGGGCGGCUGAAGGUUUCCGGUCGCUGGUUAGCUACAAGCCGACAGCUCCUGGCGCGCAAGAACGUGGACAAGGAGUGCAUCGUGUACAAUGCCUGCAUAAGUGCUUGCGAGAAAGCGGGCCAGUGGCAACACGCCCUGGCUCUCUUCAGCGAGAUGGAAGGCAUGACCAUCCAGAAGACAUCCAUUACCUACAACGCGACUGUAAGUGCUUGCGAGAAAGGGCACGAAUGGGAGCUAGCCUUGACAAUAGUGUCUCAAAUGGAACACCAUGA